AUGCCUUCUAGUGACCAACAUAAUGAUACCAUCGCCCAAGCUUUCAAGGAUAUUACAAGUGGCGAAAUGACAGCUCUGGCGCUGGAAAAUCAUUUGGACAACCUGGAGAACAAAAUAGAGGAGUUACUGAACGCGUUUGAAAAGCACCCAGAAACCGAGCAGACGAAUGGGCAAUGCUAUAAUCAAGACGAGGUGACAUCGACACAAGCUCAUGUUGAGGAGGAGUUGCGAAACAAGUCCUCCAAGUGA